AUGGCUGACGUGGAGAUGGAAAACCCAGCUGCCGAAAUGAAGACCGAGGAGGCACCAGCAACCGCUGCCGCCGAAGUCGCUAGCACGGCAACCACAACCACCACCACGACUACCCCGGCCGCCACAACCGCUGCCGUCGAAGAUUCAGCAUAUGCUGAGGAUGCGACUUACAAGGCGCUUCGAGGCCAACAAGUCAACGUCCCGGUCGCAGUAGCCUUGAUGAAGCUCUUCGAGGAUACGACCGCUGAACCCGCUGAUGUCGAUGACAAAGUUGUUGAGAUGCUCAAAUCGUUCGCGAACGAGCAGGCCACCUACAUAGUCGAAGAGCUGCGGAAGUCGAAACUCUUCGGUGUCCACAACCGGCCUCAAUAUUUGAUGUCGGUGAUGCGCAACUUCCGGGACCGAGUCCGUAAUUUCGGCGCUUCGACUGUCAUGGCAGGACAACUGCUCUGCGGCCCCGAUCAGACGAAGAUGCAAGAAAUCCUUGAUCGCACCAAGUACACAAUCGAAGUCACUGUUGGCCAGAGAAAAUAUGGAGGUCCUCCACCCGACUGGGAUGGACCGACUGGCGGAAAUGGACUUGAGGUCUACAUCGGCCACAUCCCUCAUGAGAUCUACGAAGAUGUCUUGAUCCCGGUCUUUGAAGAAGUUGGCAAAAUCUGGGACCUGAGGCUAAUGAUGGAUCCCCUCACUGGAAAGAACCGCGGUUACGCGUUUCUGACCUACUGCGACAAGGAAAGCGCGAAAGCUGCCGCUAAGAAGUUUGACGGCCACGAAAUUGCCCCUGGAAAAACGCUGAAAGUCAACGUCUCUGUAGCCAACACGCGGCUAUUCAUUGGAAACAUUCCCAAGUCAAAAUCCAAAGACGAAAUUCUGGAAGAGCUAAAAAGUCAUGCAGAGGGCGUAGAGGAUAUUAUCAUCUACACUAACCCGGAUGCUCCCGAUAAGUUCAAGAACCGCGGCUUCUGCUUCGUCGACUUCGUGGACCACAAAUCGGCUUCAGAUGCAAAGAGGAAGUUCACCCAAGGAAAAAACAAAGCGACUAAACCGUUCAACAGCGAAUUGGUGGUCGAUUGGGCCGAGCAGCAAGAGGAGCCAGAUGAGGAGACGAUGGGCAAAGUGAAGGUCGUCUACGUCAGAAAUCUCAAAGAGGCUGUCACCGAAGAGAAGUUAAAGGAAAUGUUCGCACCCUUUGGCGAGAUCGAGCGCAUCAAGAAGAUGAAGGAUUACGCCUUUAUUCACUACAAGGAACGCGAACCUGCCGUGAAGGCCAUCGAAGAGCUCAACAACAAGGAGAUCGAAGGCGUCAACAUCGAAGUGUCACUUGCCAAGCCGAUGAGCGAAAAGAAGAAGCCACGCACCGCUGGCGGAGGUGGUGGCGGCGGACCCGGCGGACCCGGUGCCCACCGCGGCAGAGGAUUCGGAGGACAAGGCUUUGGACGCGGAGGUGGUGGCGGUGGCCCCAACAUGUUCCCUAACCGUGGUGGCUACGAUAUGUAUGGCGGCGGUGGCGGCCCCGGCUACGAUAUGUACGGCGGUGGCAACUACGGUGGAUAUGAUGGUGGCUACGGCGGUGGAUAUGGAGGCGGUUACGGGAUGGGCGGCGGCCCUGGAGGUUAUGGCGGCGGCUACGGUGAUGGUGGUUAUGGCGGCGGCUGGGGCGGAUAUGGCGGCGGCUACGGAGGCGGACCGCGUGGUCGAGGAGGUCCUCGUGGUGGCGGUCCCCGUGGAGGCUUCGUACCCCGUGGCGGACCCCGUGGUGGACCUGCCGGCAACCGCGGCCGAGGCAAGCGACCGGGAGACUGGAACGGAGGCCCGGCUUCAAAACGUGAUAAUGGUGCACCAGACUUUAGCGCCGACGUCAAUAUGAGCUCUUUC